UUUGCACGGAGUUGGGAGAGUCGGCCAUGGAGGCGAUUUCUCCGCAGCAGUUGGAAACGCUCAGAUACAGCGAGCUUCAGCGCCUGGCUAAAGGCGCGGGAUUGAAGGCUAACCUCAAGGCAGACAAGUUGUUAAAGGCACUGAAGCAGCAUUUCUAUGAAAUCACACAAGAAAAUGGAAAUACAGUCAACAAAAGAGGCUCCUCCUCUUCGACACAUACCAAAGAGCCUGAUGGCAGUCAAAUACCUCUAAAUGAGACCUUUAUCACCCAAAGGCAUAGAAAAAAGAAGAGAGAUGAUGAUGACCAGGGAAAUCCAGAAAGAAAAGCUGUCCAUGAGGAAAAUCCAGAAUUCUGUUCAGAGAAAGAGAUUUCUUCUGAGCCAAAACAAAGCGAAGAGCCACAGGAUUCUGGAUCUGAAAGGACGCUGAAGAUGAACCAACCUGAGCAUUUGACAAGCAGUGGGAUCACAAAGAAUGUAGCUACUCCAAGUCAAUGUAAAGAGGGGAUUUCUACUAAACGUGGGAGACUUGAAAGUAAGACUCUUGUGGAUCCUCCUUCUGGAAAGAAACCUAGGUAUACAGUUAGUCUAGCAAAAUCUGGGAGGACAAGAUUUGCUUCUACCACUCCAAACUUCAAGAAAAUGCAUGAGGCCCAGUUCAAGAAAAUGCUAUCUAUUGAUGAUUAUGUUGAAAGGAAAACUAAGAUGAUUAAAAAUUUCAGUAACACAGUUAACGAGGUCAAGAUGCUGGCUAAGAAAAGUAACUAUCUGAAGACUUCUCAGAAAGAAACUCCAAACAGUAAUUCCAAGACAUGUUCCAGUUUCAGAGAGUUUUUAUUAAGCCCUCAUCCCCAUGGGAACAAUUGUGUGACUACACGUACCCCUGCAAGCCUGCAGCGCUCACCACACUGUUCUAACAGCAAUGGAAAUAAGAAUAUGUUAACUCGGAAAUCAGCAUUCAACUCAACUACUCUCUCUGCAGUCAAAAUGAAUGUCAGAUUUUCAGAAGCCACCAAGGAUAAUGAACACAAGCGCUCUCUUAUCAAGACUCCAUCUAGAAAAUCUCCAUUCCUGAACACCUGCACCCCAGAUAGCCAGAAGAGCCAUAUAUCUGUAUCUAGAAAGGACUUUGAGGGAAGCACAACAAAAUGUCAGUUAACAGGAAGCUCAGACUCUGCUGUUAUCAAGUUUGAACCGACAGCAGAACCGACAAGCACCAAGAAGCCAACAUUUGAUCUCAAAGCUAGUCUGUCAAGGCCACUUGGUUAUCAGCCUCACAAAGGAAAACUGAAGCCUUGGGGUAAAGAGAAAGAAAACAUCCAGAGUGCGAGCUCCCACAAGAGAGAUUAUAAACAGCCAAUUCUCACAACCCGAGAGGAGAGGCGAGAGAAACAUGAGGAAGGGAGAAAACUGAGAAAAGACAAGGCACUUGGAAUCCGUAGAGGAUUGACUCUUGCUUAGGGCUAACCCCAAAAUUGCUCUGUAAAUAGCAUUCUACAUGCAAAAUUAUUUCCUACUUUCUUGUAAAUAUUUGUG